AUGAACAAUCAAGGCCAGCCUGGCCAGGCCGCCGCCGGUCAAACUGUGCCUAGUGCGCGACAGCCACCCAUGUAUCGACCCGAGAUGAUGCGAAACCUUCCCAUUCUGAACGACGAAGAGAAGCAGAACCAAGCGAACGUCGGAGGCGUCACUAUAAAGACCGAACCGAAGACCGAGAACACGGCGACGACGACGGCGGAGCCUGCGCAUGCUCCCACGCCCGCGCCCGCUCCAGCGGCGGCAGCACCGACUCCCACUGCGCCGCAGCAGGCGCCGCAGGCGACACAGUUUCCAGAUCACAUCCUAGCCCAUAUUCGACAGAUGACAUUCAACCCGCCUCAGGGCAUCCUAGAUAAAGGCCAGGAGGCGGCUGCUCGGUGGUCCAAUGACUUCAAAGCGAAAUAUUUGAGGGCCUUGAUGCAGAUGGAUCAGCAGGGAAUCCAGAUAAGGCGGAUCGAUGCACACGUCAAGAAUCAACAGGAGAAGGGCGCAUUGGGUGCAGAUGAAGCAAAGCAAUUGCAAAUUAGAAGGGAUCAUGCGCAAAAGAUGCACACUGAGGCCCAGACCUUCGUCCAAAAUUUCAGGAAGUCCCAGGAGGGCAUCAAUAAGGCGAGAGCGGCGGUGGCAGCUGCUGCCGCGGCGGGACAGACUGCGGCAAGUGCGAGCGCGGCUGCACAACAACGGCCGCCUUCUCAACAACAGCAAAACAGCCCAGCCGUCGCAGCGUCGCAACCGCCCUCGACUCAGCCUGGUGUCAAUACUGCCAUCGCGUCGGUUUCCGCAGGCGGUGGACUCCCUGCGGCAGGCACACCCACCCAGCGCGUGGCGACUCCCCAGUCUGCUGCUCCUGCCGGUCCUGGUCAAGCUCUCAGCCACUCAGCCGCCGUCUCCCGCGCGAACCAGCGCAACGUCCAGACAUCGGCUCCCAUUCAGCAGGCCACCGGUACUCCUGGCUCGGCCGGCGCACACGCUCAGGGUGUCAUGGGAUCUGGAGCAGUUCCGCAACAACAACACGCGCAUCCGACACAGCCAACUCAGACGUUGCAGUCUAAACUUCCGAUCCCUAAGCAACUUCCAGAAAAGGCUACUUCCGUGCCUCAACCCGUUGCGAUGGCGGGCGGUGCUGGCGCUGGUAGGCCUACUUACACGGGAGGUGGCGGCAUUGCUGGAGGUGUCAUGGGCCAGCCCGCGAUUUCCAAGAUCCCUGCAUACGUCCAUGAGGCCGAGGGCGAUCACGUACUCAGCAAGAAGAAAUUGGACGAGCUCGUGCGACAAGUUUGCGGCGGAAAUGCCGAGGGCCAGGAGAUCAACAUGUUGACUCCCGAGGUCGAAGAGAGUGUCUUGGCCAUGGCAGACAGCUUUGUCGAUAACGUCCUGGAGACGGCUUGCCGCAACGCCAAAGAGCGAGGCUCAAAGGUCCUUGAGAUUCGCGACAUCCAGCUUGUCCUUGAACGCACUUACAAUAUCCGCGUCCCUGGCUACUCGUCUGACGAGCUUCGCACCGUGCGCAAGAUCCAGCCCUCGACUGCCUGGAUCACUAAGAUGAGCGCCAUCCAAGCAGCCAAGGUGACCUCGGGUAAGGGCGAGUACACUGCUAGGAGAAGCACGACAAAGAGCGUCCGGUUCAAUCAGGAUGACGUCGGAGCACGUGCGACAUCGCCGGUCAAGGCCGCCUCGUCCAAGGCGAGGUCUCGUAAAUCUACAUCACUGGCCAAGAAGGCUUCAACCUCGAGAUCUGCUCCGACUCAGACUACUGGUCCUCCCCUCAGGCAGUUUUCGGUUGAUAGCAAUACCCAGCAGGCGGACUUGUCCAUGGCGACACGUAUGGAGGUCAACUUUCUCCCAGCAAAGAAGUAG